AUGAAUAAUCUUACUUACUCUGCCACCGAUGGAGUAUGGCAAGGUGAACUGCUGGACAGCCCCCUCUGCCAUAGGUGUUUGGAGAUCCACGAUCAUGCAUAUACUCAUGCAUGUACUCCUCCCUCCAACCCGUUUUCGGAUGACGCUUUGUCUCUCCCCCUCGAUCCAUCCAUUCUGGUAUCACGGGUUCCCUCUCCCUCCAUGAUUACCGCAAAUUUCUCUCCAAAUCUGCAGACCGCGUCGAUGAUCCCGUCGAUCAUGCAGCGAAAGACUGCCGCGUUGCAUUUGAAUCGUCCACCUGCCCUCGACAUCUCUUAUCCUGUCUCUGUGUCUUCUGCGGCCUCGAGUCCUCCGCCGCUGUCUCCUUCGUAUUCACACAGCAUCAUCUCCCAGUGGAGUGAAGAGCCUGAGAUCCGGGAAGCUCAAACCGUUCCUCAAAGCCCACGAGUAACUCUUGUCUCGGAAAACGGCACUCGUGCGAGGCCGAAUAGGAAGCGAUUGAAUACCUUCCGUGAAAAACUCCAAAAGAAAAACCAAGCACAAGCUGAAGCUCGUGCGAACGAAGUAUCAGACUCAAUGCUGGCCAGUACGCAGGCCGUUGCCACCGUCUCACACGGUGGCGCCUGCUUUGAGAUCCUGAAUCCGCGCAAGUCGCUGGAUCUAGCCCGCAUAGUCUCAUACAUCGAAGACGUCGACAGCUGCUCCAUGUUAGACAACCGAGACUCAACCUUCUCCCUCGAACAAGGCCUGGACCGGGUGUCCUUGUCCCAAUACACUGAUGUCUCACUGCCAUCUUUCUACUCGACAAACUCGCUAUACACCUCUCUCCCAGACGAGCCAUCUACUCCCAAAGCGACUGACAUUCCCUCAUCGUCGCCGGGGAUCCGCGAUCGUAUUCGCUCGCUCUCAGACUUCUCCCUCAACGAACAAUCCUUCAAGUACUGGAGCAGACCUGUACAAAACGACCACGACCAUGACCUUACGGACAAUAACGACUACGACCCCCAAACCCCCAUGACCUCCAUCAGAGAAGAAUCAACCCCACCAGCCCUCUCCCACAGCCACACGCACUCCCGGCGCCCUUCAACACCCUCAACGCAAGACUUCUACUCCGAAAGCGAAAUCGGCGAGCCCGGCUCACCAGUCUAUGCAAACGGCGAAUGGGCCCAAGUCGACGAGCGCGAUAGAGGCAUUUUCUUCGAAAUGGAAGACUCCCAACCAGACACAGACACCUACGAAGACCAACAACCAGCAACGCCCUACGAACACCACCACAGCCACAGCCAAUACCAGGAGCCCGCCACGCCGCACGAAACACCCCUCUCAACACCCAUCACUUCGCCCUCCCUCGACACAUUCUCGAAACACUACUACGACCCCUACGACCCGGUCUACUUCGACCCGCACGUGCAAUCUGUGCUUGCCGCUGCGAACGCAGAGAACAUGGGACUGAGGGGCAGUCCUGCGCGUGCUCUUGAUGAGUUGCAGCGCGGCCGCGAGCGCGAGUUGAGGGGCGAGAGGAAGGCGCAGAGGAAGGGGUUGAAGAAAUUCUUUAGUUGGAGGUCUGGAAACUGA